AUAGGUGAAUGCGUAGAUAAAACAGAAAAGAGGGAGUAACAUCAUAACAGCCGGAACAAAUAGUUUGUUAUAAAUACGAGCCUCUCACUUUGACAGGGAGGUAUAACUGCUUAGACAUCUGCUCUUUCAGUAACAGCACACUAUUGUCACAAAUAGGCUUUGUUUGUUGAUCUCUAAUAUUUUUCAUAGCAGAAGACAAAUACCAUGAAUCUCUUACUGCUAUUGUCUUUGGUAGGCUUCUGCCUGGCAGAUAAUGUCUUAAGAUACAAACCCUACCAUCCUGCACGGAACAACCAGGAAGUUUUUAGAACGUGGAUCAUGAAGGCGGGAAACUUAGACUUGAAAAGCUUUAAAUGGUCAGAUUGUGGUAACAGCUCAUCAACUUUGAAAGUUAAGGAACUGACUGUGGGACCUGAUCCACUGGUUUUGCCUGGUACUGUCACUAUUGGCUUCGAACUUGAUGUAGCAGAAGACUUUGAUGAUGGCCUUUCGGGUUCUGUGGAAAUAUACAAAAAGGUUGAAUCAACUUUUAUUAGAAUUCCUUGCAUUGGAAACAUUGGCUCCUGCGAGUACAAAGAUGUAUGUGGCUUAAUGGCACAAAUACCACAGUGUCCGCAACCAUUUAUUGACAACAAGAUACCCUGCAAAUGUCCAUUUAAAAAGAAUUCCUACAAGAUGCCAUCUUCUAACAUUGAUAUUCCAGGAGAUCCUAUCCCAAGCGGAGAUUACAAAGCCACAGUUCACUUGAAACACAAUGAUGCAUUUGCUGGCUGUUUGCAAGUUUCUUUGACCCUUACUUAGGUUGGUUGUUGCCAGUUACACAGCAUUCCAAACUUGCACUGUGCUUAUAUACAGAUAUUCCUUUGGAAGAGAAGCUUACAUAUUUAUACUUUUAUAAAUAAAAUUGCAAUUUCUCAUACAAAAAAA